AUGUCUGCGCUGACGCUGCAUCUGCUGAGGGGCCUAGCUGGUCUAGCCUGGUGGCUGCUGCUGCCUCGUGCCCAGGUCCAUUCCAGGCCUCCAAGGGAGCAGCUUGGCACCAUGGACAUCACCACUGGGCUCACCUCUUGCUUCCUGUGUAGCCUCCUGCCAGCAGGCUGGGUCUUGUCUCACCUGGAGAGCUACAAAAAGCAGGAGUAA